GGUACCUAAUUCAUACGCAAUGUGAGCUUGUUGAAUAGAAUUAGAUAUUAAAUGAGAUGGAAUUGCCGAGACAAAAUCUCUAGUCCAAAGGCAAAGAUAGAACCAAACGCAGGUAAACGCAAGCUAGGAGUGGAUUCACAGGAAUAUCUGUAGGUCAAACCAUAGUAGCUAAUGAGAUGUCACCGAUCCACCAUGGUCAAAAUUAUCGAAACACAAUCACCACAUCAGCUUCGGAAAUCAAAAGGGUAGUACUCAGUACUCGCUAUUAACAAGCUACCAUUGCUUAUGCAAAAACAGAGAAAGCGAAGCAAAAGCAAGUACAGAUGACAGGCACAAAGAAGCAAGAAGCAUAGCCGCAUCACGACAACGAGAGGGAAGCAGGGACAAAUCACCCAAAGUGAACUUCCAGAAUUGAAAUUAAAUCCACAACGGGACAGCAAGUUGCUAGGAGCCUAGGAUUGAAAUUAAAUCGAGAAUUGAAAUUAAAUCACCCAAAGUGAACUUCUGGUUGCUAUGAGCCUAGGACAAGGAAGAGACAGCAAGUGAUUACCUGGUGUGGCGCCAGCGAGUGGCAGCAGGCGACGAAACGAGUGCGACAGGCAACAAGGUGCUGGAGCUGGCGAGUGCGACAGGUCCUGGAGCUUCGGUGGAAGGCGACGGCGGCGACGGGUUGUUUCUUCGAGAAGGGUGGGUUCUAGUCUGGUGGAGAGUGGAGAGUGGAGACGAAGAGAAUUAGGGAUUGCGGGGGAAUGGAUUGGAAGCCACAACCUGAUAGACACCCCUUCCCCUCCUUUUUUAAAUACAUAAAACGGAGACGUUUUGACUAAGUGGCGAUAGUUUUCUCGUUAGCUUGGAAUCGUAAAAAAACGGUCUAAAAAUGCGUUUUUAUCAGUUUUCACUGGUUUUAACGAUUCUACUUACGCUUUUGACCGAUUUGAGUGAAAAACGAUUUUAUUAGUGAUUUGAAAUGUUUUCCUAACCCAGAAACGUAAAAUCAUACGUUUUUACGCUUUAAAGCGCGAUUUUGACUACACUGUAUAAAAGAAUCUCGGAAGAUUUGGAUAAAAAAAUAGACAUUACCCUUUAUUUACUUUCGUAGUUUAUUCAUUUUGUGUUCUGUUAUCCAACUUUGUGCGUCACGGGUUGUUGAGUUUGUGUCUUGUAGCACCUUUGUAUGCGAAGAAGGAAUUCUUUUGAGAUAUUACCUCUUGAUACAGAAAUCGAGAGAACCCUUUGGAACCUAAGAAGAGUUGCAAGAUACAAUCUCCACCAAUGGCAGAUCAACAAGCUCAAAUUCCACCAAGGCCUAUAACAAUGGGUUCUUACUCAAUGCCAAGUGUGGAUAAUGUUCAAUCACCUAUUCUUCACGCAACAGUGCCUAACAACAACUAUGAGAUUAAACCGGGCACAAUUUCUAUGCUUCAAAUUCAAUUACAUGGGAUGAUGAGUGAAGAUGCUCAUGCACAUAUCAAGUCAUUCUACGAGUUGACAGAUGGAAUCAAGGUAAAUGGGGUUCCUCAAGAGGCAAUUCAGGAGGUUAUGUCCAUUUAUUUUGAAUGGAGCGGCAAAACAAUGGUUGAAUAACUAACCACAUCACUCCAUACCUCGUGGGAUGAUCUACGCAACAAGUUCUUCGCAAGGUAUACCCCACCCUCUAAGACGACUUUAAUGAGAAGUGAGAUUACUAUGUUCCGUCAAGAGGAGGAUGAGCCAUUGUUUGAAUCAUGGAAAAGAUUUACAUCCUCCUCUUGACGAAUUGGUUACAAGUGGAAAACUUUUAUAACGGGUUGACAAAGGAGUCACGGAACCUCAUCGAUGCGGCUAGUGGAGGUGCCAUUAGAAACAAAGAAGUCAGUGAGGUUCAACGAUUGAUUAAAGAGAUGACACUAAAUAGCUAUAAUUGGGGAGACGUAAGGAGAGGCAAGAGUGUAAAGAAGGGAAGUUUAAUGAAGGUCGAAGAACCAUCAUCGUUAGCUGCUCAUAUACAAGAACUUUCCAAGAAUAUUGAUCAAUUUGCGUCAUCUAUGAAAGGCAAUGGGAAGCAACUUAUGAAAUGUGAUUGAUGUGGCAACUCAAUUCAUACUAUGGAGGAGUGUAAGUCUAUGAUUGAGGCAUCACUACAAUUUGAGCAAACCAACUUUGUUAGAGGACAAUCUCGAGGAAAUAAUCCUUGUAGCUCAACAUAUAAUCCAGGUUUGAGGAAUCAUCCUAACUUUUUUUGGUCUUCUCCAAUGGAUAGGAAGCCUCCAGGGUUUCAAUCUCAAAACUCCUAUGCAAAAUACUUAUCCAAGGCCGAGUCAACCCUCAUACCGAGGGGCAUAUCAAGAACAACGUGGACCCUCCGAUAGUCGAGUCUCUAAACUUGAAGACUUGGUAGGGCAAUUUGUUACACACUCCAACAAGAAGUUUGAAGCUAUUGACAAAUUUAUAGAGAGUACCACGACCCAAUGUAGUCAAAAUCAAGCUUUAAAACUUAAAAACUUACGAUUUUACGUUUCUAGGUCGCUAAAACGCUUCUACACAAAAUCUUACUUUUUACAACUUAUGUAGUUGAAAACUCCGCUUUAAAACUUAAAAACUUACGAUUUUACGCUUCUAGAUCAGCAAAACGUUCUACGUUGAAACUCACUUUUGACUACAGUGCCUCGACCAUAUUCUCAGGUUUUGAAGCGGGCCAAAGGAAUCAACAAGCUUCACUUCAAAAUCCUUGUCUUUUUGUUGAGAAAUGAUAUCAUUAUUCUGAGCAUCACUUGAAGUACUUCAACACCAACCAUAUUUUCUUGAUCGCCAUCAUCCUAUAAAGGCAACUCAUUGAUUGAUACAUUCCCUUAUUGAUCAAAAGAAGGUUGAGGAUGGUGGCACUAAGGGUUUGGGAGACUAACAAAAGCUUGCAAGGAUGGGGAUUGGGCUAAUUGCGAAGGUGAUGGAGGAACAAACAACGAUCUAAUUAAGAGUGUGAUGGAGGAAAUCGUUGAUAGAAGGAGUUGGGUGUCGUCUGGUAGAAGAAGAAAAAAAAGAGAACGAAAACCAAUUGAGGGUUGCAUGUCAGGUUAGAGUUGUGUUGUCCAUGUGUUGGCCCGGGGGAAGUGAACUUGACCCAGUUUGUUGGCAAAACUGGAACCGACUUGAUUUUGCUCCAAUUGACAUGAACAUUGAAAUCGUAAAAAAUCAUAGAUUUUAAGUAUUUUAAAGUUUUAGUCGAGAUUUUAUGGGAUUUAAAGGUUCAAAGAUUUUGUUGUAAAUUCAGGAUCGGAACCCAUAGGUAAGAUCGUAAAAUUGUAAGAUCUUAAGAUUAAAAUAGGGAUUUUGACUACAUUGCCCCUUUCGCUCGACCUCGCAUCUGCAAAUCCGCACAGUCACCACUCAUGGACUCCGCCACUCACUUGCUAUUCUAUUUGCAGAUGAAUUGGAAUCAAUUGAUAGACCCAUGACUUACUCCACCAUUAAUGUUGACCAAGAUCCAUAUUCUGCUUCAUGCGUUACCAAUAUAUUUAAUAUUCUAAG